UCACAUAUUAGUGUAAUAUAACCUUUAUAACUCUCCACUUUGAAAAUCCAGAAAAGCACACCGGCCAAAAAUCAUUUGCCAUGUCAAGAUUUUCUUUUUAUCUCGUUUACUUUCAUCUGUUUGGUGUAUUAAGCUUGUAUGAAGAUCAAGUCGGAAAAUUUGAUUGGAGAAAGCAGUAUGUUGGUCAAGUGAGGAAACUCUACUGGGAGACUGAGAGAAGUGCCACAGGUGGGAAGAGGCUCUAUGUGUGCACAGAUCGGAGUGUAAUAGCCGCCAUCAACACCUCAGAUGGAGAUCUAGCGUGGAGGAAGGUGUUUGAAGAAGGUCGCCGCGGUGAUGUAGAUGAUCUCGUCUACACAGGAACCAGCCUGUUGUCUGUGCUGGCAGGUACCCGACUCCAGGCAUGGAACCCAGCGGCAGGCAGCCUGGUGUGGGAGACUGCCAUGGAGGGGGACAUCACUCAUGUGGGAAAGGUAGGCUACAUAGCAGAGCCCUCAGGCCCCGGGAUUGCAGUUGGUCUAUCUUCUACACAUCUAUAUGGAGCCAACAUGAGAGAUGGCAGUGUUCUGUGGAAUGUGGAGCUGCCUAACAGUGACGUGGUCAAGUAUGACAUCCUACAGGUGGUGGACAGUGUAAUGUACGUGAUUGGUCGCACGUCCGGAACAGAGGUCAAGGUCAUCUCCGUAGACAAGGAAGGGGCAACUGUGUCAAGCAGGUCUGUGCUGGCGGGGUUCCUGCGUAGGGAUACCAGAUGCAGUGUGGUGGAGCAAAUGUACCUGAUGUGUGUAUGUCCUGCAUCCGAGUCCCUGCAAUUGCUCAGCCUUCAGCAUGGCUCUGUGUUCACUGCAACCUCUAUACAGGACCUAGGGGUGAGGGAGGGCCCUGUAAAGGUACUGGAAUCCACGCCAGCAGGUACUGUGCUGUUGGCACCAGGGAGGUCUGUUGUGCUGGUGUCUGUUGCUGCUAACAACAAGGUCACGGUUAAAAAGCACCUACCUAAGGCAUUGGUGGCCACUGCAGUCCAACUGGAGGACAAGUGGUAUCUUAUGUAUCUGCAGGCUUCCAGUAAUGAGGAGUUAAAAGUUGGUGGUAUUGAACUGGAGACGGGCAGCACCCUAUCAGAGCUGUCUCACACCUUCCACUACCCCAGACACUCGGGCCAGCCUGAACUGAUGAGUGUGAUUCUGGCUCGCAAGAAGGACGGCAAGCUGGGUUACAGGAUGGCGGUUCUCUCCCAGGACUUCUCACUGCAGCUCAUCCAUAAGACAGGCAAAGUGGCCUGGCGCAGAGAGGAGAGUCUGGCGUACACCUACGCUGUGGAGCUGCUAGACCUGCCUGUGUCUGAGAACCAGGCCAAGUUUGAAGAGGAGUUUGGUUCCCAUGCCGACAAUGUGGUCACUAUGUUCAUGAAACGUGUGAAAACUCAGGUCUCCCAACUGCAGACCUUCCUUCUGGAGCAUCUGCAUCGACUGCAGGGGGUGAAGCAGACGUCUGGAGUGAUUGCAGAGGAGGAAGAGGAGGAUGAAGAGGAUCUCCUACGUGAUGAGUUCUCACUCCACAAGAUGAUGGUCAUGAUCACGGAGCCGGGAAAGAUAAUUGGGAUGAGAAGUCAGAAUGGUCACAUUGUAUGGCAGCACCUGGUGCCUGACUUGGCCCCGUUUGACACACUCGGCUCCAAGAGAUUCCUCCUCUUCGUACAGAGGACCACGGCUCACUUUCCCCACCAACCCCAGUGUGUGGUGCUGGGAAAAAAUAGAGUGUCAGGUCGGGGCCAACUGUUUGCGUUCAACCCCAUCACGGGGGAGCCAGUGUCUGGGAUGCCAGGGGAGGGAGAGCACCUGCCGUACAGUGUGAGACAGGCCUUCCUGCUGGGUGUGUGGGACGAACACUUCAUGAAGCCGCUCGUCAUGAUGGACCAUUCAAACAUGGUGCAGGUAUACCCAGCAAGCAUGCUGGGAUUCCUACGAGACCAGACCCCCCAUGUGUACAUGUACCAGGCUGAUACAGACAACAGCAUGCUGUACGGUUACAGACUGGCCACUUCCGGUGCAACCGUGACAGUGGACAAUGUGUGGACAGUAAACCUGCAGAAUCAGCGUCUGAACAUGAAGAUAACCAAUAUUGUGGGGAAACCUGCUAAUGAGCAUGUGCACUCUCAGGGGCGUGUGCUAGGUGACCGGACAGUGCUCUACAAGUACCUGAACCCCAACGUUGUCGUGGUAACCACUGAGGGGGAGGAGCCAGCAACCCAGCAGCUUAAAGCCUACCCAAUAUUCAACGUGUAUAUGAUAGAUGUAGUGACCGGCCACAUGCUUUUUCACGGCCAUCAUCGCAAGGCUGUUGGACCGAUCCAUGUCGUACACUCAGAAAACUGGGUCGUGUACGCGUACUACAACCAGAAGCAGCUGCGUCACGAGAUGGCAGCCCUGGAGCUGUACGAAGGCAAGGAGCAGAGCAACAUGACAGCCUUCAGCUCCCUGACGGCCCCUACGGAGCCUCUGGUUCUGCGCCAGGCGUAUGUGUUUCCUCUGCCCAUCUUCACCAUGGCGACCAGUAUCACUGAGAAGGGCAUCACAUCCAAGGACAUUCUCAUUGCAUUGAAGAAUGGAGGCAUUUUCUCCCUGCCCAAGGCUUUCAUGGAUCCCAGACGACCGCUGGUGCCCACACAGGAAACUCAAGAGGAGGGUACAGUACCAUACAUACCUGAACUGCCUGUGCACACCGAGGGCAUAAUCAACUAUUACCAGACACUGAGUCAUAUACGAGGUCUCCACACUUCACCUACUGGACUGGAGUCCACGUCUCUGGUGCUGGCCUAUGGACUGGACCUCUUCCAAACACAAGUUCAGCCUUCAAAGAUGUUUGACGUACUGAAGGAGGACUUUGAACACUGGCUGAUUGCCAGUGUGGUGCUAGCGAUGUUAGUGGCCUCAUUCAUCACCCAGAAACUGGCUGCCAGAAAGGCCCUGAGUCGACAGUGGAUGUGAGAGGACAGAGUUGUGGGACUUGGUAUGUGAGGGGACAGAUUUGUAGGACUUGGUAUGUGAGGGGACAGAGUUGUCGGACUUGAUAUGUGAGCAGUCAGAGUUGUGAGACUUUGCAUCACUAGUCUGGUUGCAGGUUGCUAUGCUCAUUGUCUGACUGAAGUGCAUAAUGUAAAAUCAGAGUUGCGGGACUUGGAUCUCUGCUGUCAGUUGCAGAAAGCUGGCAGUCUUUGCACAAUCUUCUGUCAGAAACAUUUCUUUAAUCUAUUUGACGAAUAUUUUCACAAAAAAAUAUAAUUUAUAAAAAAAAAAAAAUAUUGGGGGACAUAUUGUUUUUUACGGAAACCCUGUCUGUCAGUUGGUUUGUAUGCGCCAACUUUAACAUUUUGCAAUAACUUUUGCUAUAUUGAAGAUAGCAACUUCAUAUUUGGCAUGCAUGUGUAUCUCCUGGAGCUGCACAUUUUGAGUGGUAAAAGGUCAAGGUCAUCCUUCAAGGUCAAAGGUAAAAAAAACUAAAUCAAAGCGGCGCAGAAGGGGACAUAGUGUUUCCAACAAACACAUUUCUUGAUUUGCUAAUUAGAUUUCUCCUUUCAACAGGAAAUAUGUCUUGUGUAGAUCAUCUAAAUAAAUUAAUUUCUUAUGAUGAUAUUGAAACCACAAUGCGUUCCUUUUUUGAAUAUUUCUGAAGAUUCAUUCUAAAAUUGAAACAUGAUAAAAGUUAACCCAUUUAUGCCUAGCGUUUAGAAAAAACAGCGUAGACUCAGAUGAGACACUGCAUGAUGAUUUCUAAAUAUAGAAAUAAAUAUACUAGACAUCCCUAAUUUCAAGCUCGGCCGUUUUCGGAGAAAACCCGAGGUAUUGUCAUAGCCAGCUCGUCGUGUCGUGUACGCCGUCCGUGUCGUGCUAAAACCUUAACAUUUUGUCAAGGUUUUGAACAUUGGCUCUAAAAUCAAAGUGUUUCAACCUACAACUUUGAAUCUUCAUAUGUAGCUGCACCUUGAUGAGUUCUACAUACCACACCCAUAUUUGUCACUAGGUCAAAGGUCAAGGUCACUGUGACCUCUAAAAAAAAAUAUAAAUAUUUUUUAACAAGUUUUCAUUUAUUCAAAAAUGCACCCGCAGCCAAGUGUUGGCACCUGUUAUGCGGUACUCUUGUUUAAAUGAAUUGAUACAAUUUUGAAGGAUGGGAUACUAGUAGUCAAUUAGGCAUAAAUGGGUUAAAGGCGCACUGUUUUUUUUCUUUUAAUAGAUUAAUAUAGUGUUAUAGUUAAUCAUGGCAGACUUUUUUCUUUCACUUUCAAAGCCAUUAGAGCACUGCUCUGAUAAAUGCAUGUUACUUGCAGGCUGUUCUGGUUAUAUCCUGUUUGCUCAUAGCAUUUUCACUUUUCUUCCGAGUGGGAAAGGGUUAAAUAAGAAAAACUGGCCACAUUGUCUUCUAAAUUGAAAUUGAAAUUUUUCUUUUAAAUAAAAUGUCAUGUUACAAAUUAUUUCUGUUUGUAUUAUUUUAACAAGACUUCAUAUAAAUGUAAUACAUAUUUAUAUCACAAAAUGUUGGCUUAUGUUGGCCAUAUACCAUAUUGUUGCAGAAUUAGUUGGAAAACGUUUUGGUCACUUGAUAUCAUUCAUAUAUUGUUAUCAAUACUUUUAAGUUGUAUGUCGUCCAUGUUAGUUAUAGAAGGUAUGCCAAGAUGCUAAUAUUACUAUAGCCUCUGUUAAAGAUUUAAAAUUUCUCCUUUUAGCUAUAUUUUCUUUUACAUGUAUAAUCGUCAAAUACACUUUUUAUUUUUGUAAGUGGCCAUGCACUGCCAAAACUGAUAUUUUGUUAAAAAUACUUAAAAUGCAUUCCAAAAUACUUUGUGUUUUGUGAAUAAGACUAAAAUCAUUUUAAAGUGAAAGGUAGUUGUUGUAGUUCUUUAAAAUGAACUCCAUGUAUGUUGAGUAAUCAGUGUUGUUUGAUUUAUCAAAAGUAUGAUAUGAUUAGUUUGCCCUAUAUUUAUUUGGAACACAUUUGCUAUUUAUGUACCCUAUAUUUGGUCAACAGAAUGUAUUUGAUUAGUCUCCCUUUGAUCAUGUAAAUGUAAGUUCAUGCCAACGAUCAACUUUUAUAAGAGUCGUGUUUGGAGAAAACUGGGCAUAAUGCAUGUGCGUAAAGUGUUGUCCCAAAUUAGCUUGUGCAGUCCGCACAGGCUAAUCAGGGAAGACACUUUCUGCUUAAACUAGAUUUUUGGUAAAAAGGGACUAACUUUAAACGAAAAAUACCAUUAAAGCGAAGUGUCAUUCCCUAAUAUGGGGCGUCACUUUACGCACAUGCAUUAUGCCCAAUUUUCACAGUACAAGACACAUAAUAAUGCAGAUGUGACAAUUGAAUAAUUGUGGAAAAUAUUGAUGUUGACACUUGUUUAUCUGCAACGAACCUCAAGCCACACAUUCACUUACAAUCCAUACACAUUUAAGUGAGUGUAUGGGGUUUCUUACUGAAAUGGUGUUUAUUAAAAUUUAAGUACCAAGUAUACUAUAGGGAAAAAACUACAGUUAUUACUCAAACUGCUGUAAACAUGCAAGAAUUCAACUGUGUAUAUCCAUGGGAACUAUUUUAAGCAUGAAAUUACUAAAAAAGAGUUCACUAGUGUAUGAACACUUUGUCCAUGCUAUAGAUGUUGUCCAAAUGUAGAUGUCAGCAGUGCUCAAAGCAUGUAUUCCUCCGGUACAUUAUGAGGCUGUCUUUAUAAAAGAUAAGCAAUAAACAUUUAUUGCUGGUCUCUGUUUUUACCAACUAAUUUACCAACUGAUUCUUGGAAUAAUGUUGAAUAAUAAAAUAUAUGUUUGUAUUAAAGUAACAUUCUAAAAGUAAACAAUAUGUAUGUAAUCUAAUUUGAUAGUCGACUCUUCUACUUACAUCAAUCUUCUUGUGAAUGGUCUGAUUUUAACCCUUUAAUGCCUAGUGAACUCUCCCAUCCUUCUCAAUUGGAUCAAUUUAUUUCCAAAAUUAGGGAUGUCUAGUAUAUUUAUUUCUAUAUUUAGAACAAUUCUUACAGAAAUUCCUUUAAGCAAACAGCGUAGACUCAGAUGAGACGCCGCAUCAUGCGGCGUCUCAUCUGGGUUUACGCUGUUUGCAAUGUCCUUUUUUCAGGACGCUAGGCAUGAAUGGGUUAACCUUAUUGACCAAGUUAGGCUGCAUCUAAACAAACUCUGAAGCAAUGUAUUUGGUCUAAGCCAAUUCUGUAUGCUUAACUCAAAGAAUGCUUUGGUGAAUAGGGGCCUUUGUUGUAAUUUCAAAUGCAUGUUCAUUUCAUUGCAAAUUCUUAUUUAUGUGCAAUAAAUGUUGUUCAUCACA